UUGGGUAGUACAUCAAUGUGUGAUACACCGUACAUAGUAUACUUACGCAGGAACUGUGAGGGGGAAAUAGAUCCUAAAGGUGAUAUAUGGGCUGCUCCAUAUCGAUGGGGCUGCAUGGUAAUAGCUUACAAGACAAAUAAAUUUCAAAAGCAUAAGUUGGCUCCUAUAGAGGACUGGGCAGAUCUGUGGAGGCCUGAUCUUGCAGGGAGAAUUUCAAUGGUUGAUUCUCCUAGGGAAGUUGUUGGUGCAGUUUUGAAGUACAUGGGGGCUUCCUACAAUACAAAUGAUAUCAACGCAGAAGUUAAUGGUGGGAGAGAUGCUGUUAAACAUAAUCUGGCUUUGCUAGCCAAACAGGUCCGACUCUUUGAUAGUUCAAACUAUUUAAAGGCUUUUGGAGUUGGAGAUGUGUGGGUAGCUGUUGGAUGGAGUAGUGAUAUUAUUCCUGCUGCUAAACGCCUAUCUAAUGUUGCCGUCGUAGUUCCAAAGUCAGGAGCAAGUUUAUGGGCAGAUCUUUGGGCAAUACCUGCUGCCUCUAGGAUUCAAACAAAUAAGAUUGGUGGACGCAUCAGGGGACCAUCACCAUUAAUCCAUCAGUGGAUAGAGUUUUGUCUGCAAACUGCAAGAGCACUCCCCUUUAAGCAGGAGGUGAUUCCGGGUGCCUCUCCCUCCCAUCUUCAAGGUCAUUCAACCAAUGUCCCCGUGGAGUUAAACAAGGGUAGGCCAAGGUUAAAUGGCAACUUAGUCAACGGAGCACCUCCACCAGAUAUCUUAGACAGGUGCGAGUUUCUAGAGCCAUUAUCUAAUUCAACAUUGUCAGAUUACCAUUGGCUGCUUACCUCUAUCCAGAAACCUGGCCAUGGAUUGAUACACCAAAUGUAUCAGAACAUGUUGUCAGUGGUUAAAUUUUCUGGGUGGUUUAAUUCAAAGCUUACUUGAGUAGAGUUACUGAGCUGGGGGAUAUUAAUCAAGGAUCCGUGGCUAAUGAUUUGAUUGAACAGAAUCUUGAAAAGUUUACUUAAGUUGUUUAACACUUGUGGAAGCCCAUUUUCUAGAUUACAAGGUUAGAGGUUGUCGUUCAAGGCACAACAAUGACGGGGUUGCAUGACAUCAGUAUUGAUUCUGCCCCCCAUAUGGUUGAAAGCAACAGGUUUUCUGUAAGAUUCACCUGAAAAAAGUGAUUUAUGUACAAGUACAUCAGGUUUAUUCAUAUUACAAGCUCAACCAACUGCAUGGAUUCCUAUUACACCUCUCAACCAACACAAUAAAAAUUUAUUUCCAUUA